UGCCGACGCGGGUGACAACUGUGGUCUUUUUGAUCCUGUCUGUCAGCUCCAUCCGUGUAACCCAUGUGCCCGUAUAUAUGCCCACCACCCGCAGGCCGCAACCCCACAAGCCCACUGCAAUCCUGCGUUCACACACCCACCCGUUCCCUUCUCUCUCUCUCUCUCUCUCGUUCCGUAGAAUCCGAUCCAUGGCCGAGAUUCCGCCGAGAACCUCCGUUGCCUGCGGCAGCCGGCAGUCCAGCCGCCUCCAGCGGCGAGCGCCCGCUUCGCUGCAGAUCAGCCCCGUUUCCGACUGGAAAAGCGCCAUCCCCCUCCUGUCUCCGCUCAUCACAUCGCCACAGCCGCUGCCGGAGAGGAACAAUCGGGCGGCGGAUGCGAAGUCCAGAGACGAGUCGCGGCCGGAGCAUCAGGCGGCGGAGCCAGAAAACAUUGCGUUCAAGAAAUGGCAGCACCCGGCCGCGCCGUUCUACUACGAGCCGGCGCCGGUGGUGCGGCCGUUUGUACCCGUGUAGAUAGAAAUUGUGGUUAAUAGUCGUUACAACUUACAUCUGUCGAUUUGUGUAUUGGAGGAUUUCUUUGUGAUCUAACAAACUUUUUUAUUUUGCAAAUUUUAUAGAGUAAUAACUUUUGUUCAUAGUUUCA